GGUAUAUUUGCUCUUUUUCAGAAAUGACUAGUUAUAUUACAUAAGUCCAUGAAAUUUAAAGUCGAAAUACUUCUGGUCUACAAUGUUGAGUAGAUGGUUAAUAUCAUCACUUCAAAUGCUUUUAAUAUGUAAACUUGUAAACUCGAUGCCAAGCAAUAACAGGACGCUGAAAAUUAAUCCAAAACCUUGUACAGCCAAUGGAUAUGGAGGCACAUGUAUGUUUGUGUGGGAAUGCAUUAGGUCCGAAGGUCAGCAUAUUGGGAUGUGUGUGGAUUCUUUUAUGUUUGGUUCCUGUUGUGCUCACAAUUUAACCGAAAAUAUUGUGUUGCCACAUCAACAUUUUGAUUUUAAACCGCCUGUUAAGAAACCCAGACCCCCAUCAAAUACAUCAAAUCGGCCAUCUUUAAGUAGUGGAACUACUACAGUAAUACAUCGGCCACACGGUGACAGUAUGUUAAUAAUCCGUCCAUCAAUAAAUAAAAAUCGACCAUUACAUUCAAUGAAACCAUUGGUACCACAAACUACGAGCUCUGUUACGAAUUUAUUGCAUUCAACAAAUGUGAUAUCUGAUCUUGAUACGGCUUCAAGUUUAUCAACAGGUUUGUGGCAUUAA